GAACGCCUGACAUAAAUUGGUCUCUUGUACAUUUUUCCAUGGCAUUCGAAAAUGUUAACAGACACUUUGUGUACCUUAGACACGGGUUAUUACGCAGAUACUGUAGAGUGGUGUCCUGCUAAAGGUUUUGAAGACUAUUUAGUGUGCGGUACUUAUCAGCUGCUCGAGAAUAAAGAGAAAAACGAUGGAUCCGCGCUUUGCCCAGAGGAGUAUUCAAGCGUUGGCAACAAGAGGAUCGGCAAUGUACAGCUGUAUCGUCUGAAUGAAUCGCAUACAAGGUGGCCUGUUGUGUUCAUUUUUUUAAUCAGUUAUGUCAAUUUACUUGUUGUGUAUACCCAUAAAUAAAUAUAUAAAUUUUACUUUAUUUCACUCUGUAGGUUGGAAAAACUGCAAACUCAGGAAACAAGUGGUAUUUUAGAUACAAAGUGGUAAGAAGUUUUCACCUGGACUUAAUGGUUUAUAUUUAUUUCAUUAUUUGUUUCACCCAUAUAAUAAUAGUCAGGCUAUAGUUCAACAUUUAAGAAGUCUAGAGUGACAAUUUUAUCCAGAGCAAUUGCAUUUUUUUCUUCUUUUGAGUAUUUCUUACAUUCAUUUCUUGUCACUUAACCCUUUGACCCCUUAAAGUGACUAUCAUCUAAUUUCUCCUUACAAUAUCACCCCUGAAUCACAUAUUGAGGUCAUGAGAAUAAAGGAAAUGAUCACCAUGCAAAGAAGCUUUUGAUUGGUUAACAAAUUCUCCUUGUCAUCGCCUUAGGAAAUGUAAGGAGAACAGUAUGGAGAAUAUGCAUACUGAUGUUGAGGUGUGAAGGAUUAAGGAACUUUUCAAUGUUUUUACCCUUUUAUCCUUUUUUACCCUUUACAGUGGCUAAUUUAUGUUUUCAACCCAGUUGUUAACACUAAAUUAACUUUUCAAUGUUUUCAGGUUAGCAAAGCCAUUAAAUGGUUCUGCUGUACUUGGUGCUGCUACAUCAAAUGGAGAACUGAAGAUCUAUUUCCUCAAAGAAAAGGUAUGUAUGCUUAUACAUUAAAGGGUAUGUACAACAUUGUUAUUUGAACACAAGAUAUCUCCUGGUAUUAUCACUCCCAUAUCUAGGUCAUGCUGUUUUCAUUCAAAAAUGAUCAUAGCCAGGGUGUGAAAUUGCGCCUAAUACAGGUGCCAAUGCGACUAAAUUUUUCACUUUGGUGACCAAAUCCUGAAAAUUAGUUGCCAAAUUGGCAACUAGAAUGUUUCAUCAUAACCUUACCUAGAGAUAUAGCGAAUUAAAAAGAUUUGCAAAGAUAAAUCUGUGGCAAACUUCCUUGUUAAGUUUGUUUCCAAAACGCAGCACAUGCAUCUUGAUCAAUAGUUAGACACCAUCUUGGAUUUAGGUGAGCUUGAACAUUGCAUAUAAUCCAUCCUAGUGUCCACUUUGUAGCAUGUUAAAUAUCUUUUCCCUAACUUAAUUUCUAAAACGAUGACAGUGUAAAAAAAGGUUUUGUUUGUCCUUGAAAAUGGUGACCAAAUUUUUUUGAAUUGGCUGCCACUUUGAAGAAUUUAGGAGCCAAGUAGUCAUGCCCUGAUAGCCUUUCUACCUGUCUACCCCACAAGAUUUUGAACUAGUGUUGAUUACCUUUUUUAAUGAUUUCUUUUAGCUAUUAGUUGAGAGCACCAGUUAUAUUGCAAGUCCAGAUAAAUUAUGUCUUUCAAUGGACUGGUCUUUGGAAGAUGAAAACAGGUCUGACAUAUGAUAAUACUAACUUAUGGGUAAUGUCAAUAUUGGUAUGAAUUAUUGUUAUUUAUUAAUUAAUUUAUUAUUAUCAAUUAUUAUUAUCAUCUAUACUUAAGCUAAAUGGCCCAUCCAACCAGAACUAAGCCCAGUCCCUAUAACAUAACAUGACAUAACAUAGUUUAUUUGGUAAUGCAGGUUGAGUCCAGCAGCCAUAGCUGAUGCGGACCUGCAUUAUAUUUAUUUAUUAAAACAAUUUACAAUGUCUAAAUAAAUAAUACUUUAUUAAUUAAAUAUCUAGAGAUAAGUUUAGAUUCAAUAGUUCUUUAAGAAUAAAAAUAAUUACAUUUAAGUCUGUGGUAUAUUGGAUGUGAUUAAAAUGAAAAUAAUUAUCAAUUCAUAGAGAAGUUAGUGUACUGAGAAUAAACCAGCCUUAGAAUGAGAUAUGUUCAGAUUGAUUACCAAUCUGUUUCCAUCACCUAGGUGUGAACUAAAUUAAGAAAAUAAAGCAGAAGCCACUGGGAUUUUUAAUACUCUUGCCCCCCACCCCCGGAAGGGAUGCUAGUUCAUUACAAGGUUAAUCCCUAGUAUUUUAUCAGGCCUCCUGGACAAUUCACCCAAAACCUAUUUAAACUCCUGUUUGGAGAGAGAACCAUAAAAGUAAAGUGUUUUUCCUAUUAGAACAUAACAUAAUGACCAGCCAGGUCUUGAACCCAGACCUCUCAACGUGGAGUCAAAACCUUUGGGCUACUGCAUGAGACCACUGCAUGACCCACAGUUUAUUUUCUGGGAGACCCAAUUCCAUUUCUCAUCCAAUAUGCACAUAGGACAGAAAAAAAAAAUGAAAUCUUAGAUUACAGUGACAAUGGUUGUUUAAUAUUAUAAAAGUUAUUAUAAACUGGAUAUUCAUAAUCCUUUCAUUCUCCAUCAUCAAUAGUUUAUUGUACCUUGAUACACAACUCAUCAGCAAUGGCCUAACCCUGUAACCCCUAAGAGUGACUAACAUCUAAUUUCUCCUUACAAUAUCACCACUGAAUCACACAUUAUUAUCAUAAGAAUAAGGGAAAUGAUCACCAACUCAAGAAACUCUCAAUUUUUAGACAAAUUGUUCAUGUCAGCACCUCAAUAAAUGUACAGAGAACAGUAUGGAGAAUAUGAAUUCUGAUCUUAGGGUGUAAAGGGUUAAUGAAACAUAAACUAUUGGAUGUUCUAAAAAGAGGAGAAUUGAAAUUCUCCUGCUGUAGUUGUAAGUACCUCUAAAAUGUUUAUCAUCAACCAAUGUCAGCCAAUUGAAUGAACAAUUAUUCUAUUAAUGAUGGCCAGUCUGUCCCCUUUUCUACUGUAGCCACAUUGUUAUGAGUGACUCAGGUGGACAGAUUACGUUAUGCAAAUUUUAUGAAGGUACCUCUGAGCUUUGCCAAGUUUUGCAUUGGUUAGGGCAUCAGUAUGAGGCUUGGAUUACAGCAUUUAAUGCUUGGAAUUCAUCCAUUGUAUAUUCAGGUACCAUAUUUUCAUAUAAAUGAAUUUUUAGUAGAAUUAGAAUUUAAUUGAAUUCCCAUUUACUAUCAGGCUCGAUUUCCACCGCUCUCUUGUGUCCGGUCUUUCCUCCUACCUUAGAAGUGGAGUUUGGGGGGCAGCCCGCAAGCUUAUAUUCCUAAACAGUGGCUGGUAAUCGAGCCUAAUUUACUAUUGGUCCAGAGGAAUCUCACAAAGUCAGAUGGAGGUCCAGUGUUCUAGACUGAUGGAAUGUUUCAUGACAUGUCAACUUUUUUUGAGUGAGGUGAAGUACUGAAGAUACUUCAAUCUGAAAAAGAAUGAGGUAGCUCUCAAAGGCAUCUGUCAUUUUUUGUGAGAUAGAGCAUUUUUCUGCAAUCCUGCUUCUUGUGGAAAAUAAUCAUAUGAUGUCAACUGCCCCUGUGACAUCAGCUAUAAGAUCCUGUGUUGGUUUCAAGUUCCAGUUCAAUAAAAUACAAUGCAAAACAAUACACUUUAUUUUGAGAGGGUAGCCCUUGACAGUAAUAAAAGUGAUUACCUUGUGGCCUUCAAUAAAAUGGAUUAAAAAAGGUAGCCCUCGACAGCAAUAAAAGUGAUGGCCUUGUGGCCCUCAAUAAAAUGAAUUAAAAAUAGAGAUUCUAAACUCUCUAAUAUGGGUUAAAGUGAUUAAUUUUGAAUUGUGUACUGGCCCUGCUAAUUAAGGAGGCGAUGAUUGCCUACUCAGAGGAUGGGACACAAGAACAGGCUGCCAUAAACCUACAUUUACAAGUAAAAGGUGAUUUCCAAUAUGAUCACUAUUCUGUAUUUUAAUCAAAGUUGCAGUUAAAAAGUUCAUCGGCUCAGUGUUUUGUUCUCUUCAUUGAGUUGUCCAGCUCUGAUAUCUGGCCAGGAUAACGAUUUACAUGAUGGUCUGUCCAUAGUUUUUUUUUUUUUGUAUUAUUACAACUAUUACUUUUUCAAUUCACUGAAUGAUAGUAUUAACCCUUUAACUCCCAUGAGUGACCAAGACAGAAUUUCUCCUUACAAGAUCAAUACAAUAUCAACCAGAUGAGUAAUGAGAAUAAAGAAAAAUAUCAAUUUGUGAAUACUUAGUUGAUCUAGUACUAAAUUCUCCGAACUAACAUUGUAAGAAUUGUAUGGUUGACAGUAAGGAGAAUCACAAAUUUGAUCUGGGAGUUAAAAGGUUAGAUGUAAGGUCAAGUGAAGAGGCACAAAGCAAGUAAAGCAAAGCAAGCAUGUGAGAUGUGUAAAAUACAUUUUGCUUCAGGGAAGCAAAAUUUUUGCUGUGAUGUGAAUUACCUUUCUUCAUUAAUAGGAUAUACUCGGUAAAUGGUCACUUUGAACUUGCUGGGCUUUUGAAAUUACCUGUGUGGCCUCUUUAUCAGUGAUUCAAUGAGUUUUUUAAUUUGUCUUCUCCAGGCAUGAGAUGGGUGUCAGCAGCAUUCAGUGCAAUCAUGUAUAUGAACACAUCAUUGCAACUGGCAGGUAAGAAUCAAACAUCAAAUGGUCUAAGUUUGGUCUCUAUUCAUUACUUCACUCCCAAAGUCGAGAUGUCCAUGCUCUACACAGUCUGCUGUAUUCCUUUUAAUUAUAGCUCUGAGAAUUUCAUGUUAAGUUAAAAGUACAAUGUAUCCCUAAGUGAUAAUUCUCAGUAGGUGGUUCUUUCCAUCCACAACCAUGUGAUGGUGAUUUUUGAGUUUCAUUUGUAGGAAGCUUCCUCUGAAGUAGUUGUGAGUCGCCAGCAUAAUGAUUGUUUAACUUUGACUGUAUAAAAUACUUUCUUCGUAACGAGUAGUUAAUAAUGAUGAGUCACACCCAUAUGUGAUAAACUCUGAGUGUUGUUUCACAACAUUUCUUUCACUCUUAGAAAAAAGGCUUCACAUUGAUUUCAAAAUAAUAAUUUACAAACUCUCAACUUGUGCAAUCAAUUGAUGUGGACUUCUGUCCUGGUUUGUUAUCAAACUAACAGCUAUGAUGAGAAGAUUCAUGUUUGGGAUGAUAGAAACAUGACACGCCCAUUAUGCACAUCACAUCCUGGUGGAGGAGUGUGGAGGAUAAAGUGGCAUCCUUACCAUGGAAACACAAUGUUAACAGCAUGCAUGUAUGAGGGCUUUCAUAUUCUUCAGUUCAACAACAACACAGGUAUGAUUAUGCAAGGUUUCAAUAACUUUUCCAUAAUGCCACUGACAAUGGUGCAAUAGGGGAUGUGCCUGGAAAAGGGGCUUCAAGGCUCCUUCCCUUCUUAGGAGGUUUGGGGGUAAGCUUCUCCAGAAAAAGAUUUGAAAUCUAGCAAUAUGUAACUCACUUGUGUGAAAGCCUACGCAAAACCCAAAGAAGAGAGGCUACUUGCAGACCAAACACACAGUGGUAAUACUGGUCUUAUGGGCUUGAGAUCAUAUUCUCAUGUCUAAUCUACAAGGAAAAGUAUGGCAGUAAGUAGGGAGAAUUGUGAAGUGGAGCUUGGGAGUUAAAGGGUUAAGACCACCAGUAACUGGCUUUUAUUGAAACCUCUGCUAAUGGAUGUUGUUUGUGGAGCCGAAUGGUUCUUUUAGGUCUGUUGGUUUGUUAUCUGGUUUAACGGAUACUUGGUGAGAAUGGCAGGAUUUUUCACAUACCUGAAACAGAACAAUCCAUUUUUUGGAACUGUAGAGAUUUAACUAAGUCUAUGCUUUAUUUAAGCAGAGCACUGGAAUGGCAAUCAAGCUUGAAGAUAUCGUGGCAAUAGGAUUUGUCAGAUCUCUUACUAAAUUGAAAACAUAAUGUGGGACUUCACAGAGUAAAGUUUUUUGAAAAAAAAAAAAUGUGUUAAUAUCAACUUAUCAGGCUUUCUUUUCCUUUUUCUAACUACCAGGACAUCAAAGCUUGGAAAAAGUGGUUUCUUAUAAGGAACAAGCAAGUUUGGCUUAUGGUGCUGAUUGGUACAGGAAACAUAUCCAGCUUUCUAGAUUCAGUGCACAAGAUUGUGAACAAAUGGACAGAAAUGAUGAACACAAAGGGACUGACCUAUUACAUGAAAGCAUUUCUGAUACUCAAACUGACAUAGUUGCAACUUGUUCAUUCUAUGACCAUGCCUUAAAUUUGUGGACAGUGAAUAAUGCAGUCUCAAGAUAGCCCUGGAAAUGAAACACAGCAAUGUGUUGAGUUCAAUCUUCCAUCCUUCAGAGAAGGAACAGUGUGGAUUUCUGUCUUCUUCAUCCCUGAUGUCUGACCAGAAGAGGAAACACCAAAGAAUUAUUCCAAUAAAAACUUUUAUUUCAAGUCCACUGCACCAUCAUAGUAAUACUAGCUAAAGAAUUCUGAUGAUAGAACAUAUAUCUAUACAUUCAUAAUUCAGAAAAUUCCCUUAUAACAUUUUAAUUAUCAUCA